UAAAGCCUUGACAUCCAAGAGGCGGCUCCGGUACCCCCCUUUCUCUGCCCCCCCCUCCUCGCCGUUCUCGCCCCCGAGCCGCGGCCAUGGACCCAGCAGAUUCGGCCUGUCCUGGCCCAGCUCGACAUCUGAUUUCGGUGAGGUGACUGUUCCAGCUGCCAGAGUAAACGUGCCAGCCUGGGUGAGGACAGAGACUGGGCAUGAUGUCAGAGGCCAUGGACCAGCCAGCCGAGAGUCCUGGAAACCUGAGGCCGGAGUCCAUUGGUGAUGACAGCAUGGAGUCCAGCACCUGCCAGGAGCUUCUGCACCGACUUCGGGAGUUGGAGGCAGAGAACUCAGCACUUGCCCAGGCCAAUGAGAACCAGCGGGAGACUUAUGAGCGCUGUCUGGAUGAGGUUGCAAACCAUGUGGUGCAGGCACUGCUGAACCAGAAGGACCUGAGGGAGGAAUGCAUCAAGCUGAAGAAGAGAGUGUUUGACCUGGAACGGCAGAACCAGAUGCUGAGCGCCUUGUUUCAGCAGAAGCUCCAGCUCACGACUGGCUCCCUCCCCACCCAGAUCCCACUCACUCCACUCCAGCCACCAUCAGAGCCACCAGCCUCCCCUUCCCUGAGUGCUGCUGAAGGACCAGCCACUUCACUGCCUCUAGGGCGCUGUGCUGGACAGAGAGAGGUGUGUUGGGAGCAGCAGCUGCGGCCAGGAGGCCCAGGCCCCCCUCCUGCCCCACCCCCAGCACUGGAUGCUCUGUCCCCGUUUCUUCGGAAGAAAGCCCAGAUUCUGGAGGUGUUACGAGCACUGGAAGAGACGGACCCUUUGCUUCUGUGCUCACCUGCUACCCCCUGGCAGCCUCCAGGCCAGGGGCCCAGCUCUCCAGAGCCUAUCAAUGGCGAGCUGUGUGGCCCACCCCAGCCUGAGCCCUCACCCUGGACUCCCUAUCUGCUUCUGGGCCCAGGCAGCCUGGGGGGCGUGCUGCACUGGGAGCGCCUUUUGGGGGCCCCGGGAGAGGAAGAGAGUUCUGGGAAACCUUGGGGCCCUACUAGAGCUCCACCAGCAGCUCAGGGUCCUAGCUCUGGCCCACACUGUGCCCCAGGCAGCAGCUCUUCCUCCUCUUCUGAUGAGGCAGGUGACCCUAAUGAGGCGCCCAGCCCUGACACCCUACUGGGUGCCUUGGCCCGCAAGCAAUUGAACCUGGGCCAACUCCUUGAGGACACGGAGACUUACCUACAGGCCUUCCUAGCUGGGGCAGCUAGCCCACUCAAUGGGGGACACCCAAGUCCUGGGCUGCCAGCCUCCCCAGACCAGGGCCCCUCUCAGCUGUCUAAGCCCAAAGGCCUCCCAAAGUCAGCUUGGGGUGGGAGUACCCCAGAAGCCAACAGGCUAGGCUUUGGUGCUACCUCAGAGGGUCAGGGGCCCCUCCCUUUUCUCAGCAUGUUUGUGGGUACAGGAGAUGCCCCACUGGGCUCGAGACUUGGCCACCCCCCUUCCUCAUCUCAGGUGAAAAGCAAGCUCCAAAUUGGGCCCCCUUCUCCUGGAGAAGCCCAGGGACCUGCCCUUCUGCCCUCUCCAGCCAGAGGUCUCAAGUUCCUCAAGCUGCCGCCAGCCUCAGAGAAGAUCCCAAGCCCAGGAGGCCCCCAGCUCAGCCCCCAACUCCCCCGAAAUUCCCGAAUCCCCUGCCGCAACAGUGGUUCGGAUGGCAGCCCUUCCCCACUACUAGCCCGCAGGGGCCUGGGGGGAGGAGAGCUGUCCCCAGAGGGGGCACAGGGCCUGCCUACCAGCCCUUCAGCCUGUUCCACGACCCCGGACUCUGCACAACUGAGACCCCCGCAGUCAGCCUUGUCCACCACCCUGUCCCCAGGACCAGUGGUGUCUCCCUGCUAUGAGAACAUUCUGGACCUUUCUCGGAACACUUUUAGGGGGCCUUCCCCAGAGCCGCCUCCAUCGCCCCUGCAGGUGCCCACCUACCAACAAUUGACUCUGGAGGUGCCACAGGCCCCUGAAGUCCUCAGAAGCCCUGGCGUCUCCAGCCCUUGCCUCCCGGAAUCCUGCUCCUAUGGGAGCCCCCAGGAGAAGAACCUGGAAAAGGCAGGCUCAGAGUCUCCCCACCCUGGCCGCAGGACCCCUGGCAGCUCAUCCAAGAAGCUCAGUCAGGGGUCAGGGCGGCGGCCCGGGGAUCCCGGCUACACACCUCUGCGGGACAGAUUGGCAGCCCUUGGGAAACUAAAGACAGGCCCCGAGGGGCCCAUGGGCCCAGAGAAGAAUGGGAUGCCAGCCAGACCUGGCACUGAGAAAGCUCGGGGACCAGGGAGGUCAGGGGAGAACACUGGAGACAUGGUACCCUCCACCACCAGACCCCUUGAGCAGCCAGACUCUAAGGGAGUCCUUCGGGGAACAGUGGCCUUAGGCACAAACAGCCUGAAGCAGCAGGAACCUGGACUUGGGGAUCCUGGGGCCCCUCGGGUCUACUCAUCCCACUCCAUGGGGGCCCGGGUGGACCUGGAACCUGUCUCACCAAGGAGCUGCCUCACCAAAGUAGAGCUGGCCAAGAGCCGACUGGCAGGGGCCCUGUGCCCUCAGGUGCCCCGUACUCCUGCUAAAGUGCCAACCUCAACCCCCAGCCUUGGCAAGCCCAACAAAAGCCCUCACAGCAGCCCUACAAAGCUACCCUCCAAGUCCCCUACCAAGGUGGUACCCCGACUUGGGGCCUCCCCAGUCACUAAGGAACCUCCCAAACCUGACAAGGGGAAGGUCCCACCUUGGGCAGAUUGUGGCAGCUCCACGGGACAGCCCACAUCCCCAGUACCUGGCCCCACUGACCCAAACCAAGGCCCUGAAGGGCCAGCCCUACACUCAGCCAUUGAGGAGAAGGUGAUGAAGGGCAUUGAGGAGAAUGUGUUGCGGCUUCAAGGCCAGGAACGGGCACCAGGCUCUGAGGCCAAGCAUCGUAACACCAGCAGUAUUGCCAGCUGGUUUGGCCUUAAGAAGAGCAAGUUGCCAGCCCUGAACCGCCGUACAGAGACCACUAAGAAUAAGGAAGGAGCUAGUGGGGGCUCCCCACUUCGGAAGGAGGUCAAGGUGGAAGCCCGAAAGUUAGAAGCUGAGAGCCUCAACAUCUCCAAGCUGAUGGCUAAGGCAGAAGACCUGCGUCGGGCCUUGGAGGAGGAGAAGGCCUACCUGAGCAGCCGGGCUCGUCCACGGCCUGGGGGCUCAGCCCCAGGACCUAGCCCUGGUCUGGGGCAGGUGCAGGGCCAGUUGGCUGGCAUGUACCAAGGGGCAGACACCUUCAUGCAACAGCUGCUCAACAGGGUGGAUGGCAAGGAACUGCCACCUAAGAGCUGGCGGGAGCCCAAGCCUGAGUAUGGGGACUUCCAGCCAGUGUCCACUGACCCCAAGAGCCCCUGGCCAGCCUGCGGGCCCCGGAAUGGCCUGGUGGGCCCACUUCAGGGCUGUGGGAAAACACCUGGAAAGCCCAGCAGUGAGCCAGGCAGGCGGGAGGAGAUGCCCUCAGAGGACAGCUUGGCAGAGCCAGUGCCCACUUCACACUUCACAGCUUGUGGCUCCUUGACUCGAACCUUGGAUAGUGGCAUUGGGACCUUCCCACCCCCAGACCAUGGCAGCAGUGGGACCCCCGGCAAGAAUCUUCCCAAGACCAAGCCAGCACGAUUGGAUCCCCCACCAGGGGUGCCCCCAACUCGGCCAGCAGCCCUCACCAAAGUCCCUCGCCGUGCCCACACACUGGAGCGGGAGGUGCCAGGUAUAGAGGAGCUGCUGGUGAGCGGGCGGCACCCCAGCAUGCCAGCCUUUCCUGCACUACUCACUGCUACUCCCAGCCACCGUGGCCACCCAACCUGUCCCGAUGAUCCUUGUGAAGACCCAGGCCCUGCCCCUCCUAUCCAGCUGGCCAAGAACUGGACCUUCCCCAACACCAGGGCAGCUGGCAGUUCUGCUGACCCCUUCCUGUGUGCACCCCGACAGCUAGAGGGGCUACCCAGGACCCCCAUGGCUCUGCCCGUGGACCACAAGCGAAGCCUGGAGCCCAACCGCCCAUCCUCUACGCCCCAGGGCCCAGCAUUUGGGGGCAGUCGCACCCCCAGCACGUCAGACAUGGGUGAAGAAGGCAGAGUGGCCAGUGGGGGCGCUCCAGGGCUGGAGACCUCAGAGUCUCUCAGUGACUCUUUAUACGACUCGCUGUCCUCCUGUGGGAGUCAGGGCUGAGGGGGCUGUGCCCACCACAGCUGUGCCCCUCCCAGGCCCCUCUGGAGCUGGGGACUAAAUAGACUGGACCUACACUUCAUACUCCACUCCAGUGGAGCCAGUGGAGGACCCCCCCCCCAUUAAGGGACCAAGGAGGCAUGUGGAUAAGAAGAUGACCGGAGUCCCUGGCAUACCCCACCGCUGCUGUGGAUGAGAUUUACCACACUUAGCUCAGGGAGAGACCCUAUCCUCCGUCCUUUCGAUCACCCAGAGUCAAGCUCUUCUUUAAGGGAAUAGGGGUUCAAGGCCACUAUAUCCCAGCUCCCACUUCAGGCUGAGCCAUCUUGAGGUGCUGGGCUUCCUGCCCGCCAGCUGUGCCAUCUCUGCCCAUCCUGGCUGCUCUCCUCUCCCAAAGUCCCCCACCAUGGGGUUGUUCUGAAGGCCCUGUGCUGGUGGAAUUUGGGGGGAGGGGGGACAAAUUGCCUUCUCUCUCUGCCCUGGUCCUCCUUGCUGUCUAAACGGUGCUGCCCUCCCUACCCCAUGUCUUGGGGUCUUGUUUGUCUGUCUUUUUGUUCUUUUGUUUUUGUUUGUUUGUUUAAAUAUUAAAGCGCCUGGCCAAGUCCCCAAACCCCAACCCGCACUGCGGUUAAUUUAUCUGUUGUUAAAAACAUGGCUGCUCUGCUUCCAGCCUCAGCUUCUGCAGUAUCCCUAAUAAAAUGUGGAGGCU